AUGCUGCACGAAAUCCUCCUGUCCCUCUCAGGGCACCCUUCCCCGCUCCUCCAGCCCGACGCGACAUUCCCACCGGGGGUCAUCACCCCGUCUGAGCGACAGCUGCUGAGCGCCGCCGCACAUCUCAGCCAGACGCACGUCAAGAUCAUCAAUGCUACGCGGGAGAUCAGCCGAGACACGCAAGGCUCCAUCAUUGUGCGAGCCGUCAGCGCCGCCGUGGAAGAUGUCCAUCUACGGGCCUUUCGGAGGAAGGUCAUUGAGGUGGAGGCCAAGAUUCUAAACGACGACCCGAGCUACGUCGGCGCGCACAAUAUCGUUCCCCUCACAGCUGUGGUGGGCGAGUUCUCACAAUGGACAAGGCGGAUGGACUGGCUCUGGGAGUUCAUGCAGUUCAUGGCCAACAGAGAGGGGCGGCAGGCGGCGCAAGUCAUUGAUCAUCUCCGGAAAGAGGUGCAGAGCGGCUACAGGGACAUUGAAGACACAGCCAUGAGCCUUGUGGCAGUUGCGGAGAAGGCGUGGCUGAAGCAGGUCUCUGCGUGGUUGUUGUACGGGAAGCUGCCCAGUCCUGGAGGCCACGACUUCUUUGUACGGAUGGCGGACGACGGUGACUUCAUUGCGGAGAAGACGAUGCUACCGGAAUUCGUGACGACCAAGACCGUCACAUCGAUGCUAUUCAUUGGAAAGUGCCUGAACCACCCAAAGGUCAAGAAGAUGAUCGACUCCGGGCUCCGAGGGCUGGGCCAGUUGUCCGUGCAGCUUCGUCAGCUGUCGAGUCUAUCGCAUCCACUCGAUAGGGCGGCCUUCUCGAGGACGAUUACUGCCAUGCGCUUGGAUAUUUCCGAGACAACAUUGCAGAACAUACUUCCACUGAGCAAGGUGGCCGAAAUGCUCCAGCUCCUGCGGCAGUUUUUCCUGCUUGGGCGUGGCGAGUUCGCUAUGGCCUUGAUACAGGAGGCUGACCAGCGAACGCGGAAUCGAUGGCAGAGAGCAGACAAUCUGGCGUACGAGAAAGGUGAUGCGCUCAGGAACAUUACCGUCAAGGAUGGAGAAGUAGCAGCUGUGCUGGCACGGACUUGGGCGGUGCUAACCUCCAUGCAAGGCGCUCACGCCGAGGAAGAUGAGGAGCAGGAAUUGGCACGGGACUUGCUACGCCUCCAAAUUGGCAAGACAACUGCGCCAGCAUCUCGUGACCCGGGCAUAGAACCAGGCAUGGAGCUCGACGCUGAGGCUCUGCAGCUGAUGGAACAGUCGCCUUUUCGGGACUUACUUUUCUCUGCCCCCGUGGAUCUGUCAAUCCGACUACCUUCCCCCUUGGAUAUGGUUCUCACACCUGCAGAUCUGCGUCUCUAUUCUUGCGCCAACGCAUAUUUGCUGUCCAUGCGCCGAGCUCACAUCCGACUCACAGACCUGUGGAAGAUCUCGUCGCUGCGGAGACACCAUCCCGCCCCGAAAGGAGCCAGUCAGUAUGCUGUUGAACUCCGAGAGAGAUGGUCCACGCGCAUGAUGACGAUGCGCAGCGUCUGGGUCACGGCUAGUGCUGCCCUAUUCUUCCUGGGGGAGACUGAAGCGUACUUCCAGACGGAAGUGGUAGCCGUCCUGUGGGAAGGGUUUCUGGCGUGGCUACUGCAGGGACAGCAAACGAGUCAGCCCUCAAGACCACCCACCAGGGCGACUCAGGAAGGAGGAGAGAGGGAGACUGAAGAUGCCAGCACAGAUGAAGACGAAGACCUCUGGCUCGACUGUGGUUCGCCCCGGCCACGCCCCAAUGAGUCCGGUCUGAAGCCUACACACGACCCGCAGACGAUCUCUACCGCGCAUGCGCGCUACUUGUCCACUCUCGCCUUCCGCCUCCUCCUGACGCAGCCGUCGUUCACAGUCCCAUUACACAGUCUGCUCGUCCACAUUGACCACUUGGUCACCCACACUCACCGCUUACACUCAAUUUUCACAUCCAUCGAUCUGGAGACCGACGCCGGGGUUGUCGACGCCUUUGCCGACUUGCCGACAGAAGAAGCAGAGGUCACCGCUCUUCUCAGUGGCGUGGAGAAGAGAGUGAAGGACGGAAUCGGCAAUGUCAUAGCCGGGCUGCGGCACUUGGAGAGCGAUGCCGCUUUCAUGGCCCGGUGGGAAGGUGAGGAGCUCGAUGGGGACGAAAUGGAUGAGGAGGAGAGGUCCUAUAGGCCCAGCCGCGUCGGGGGCAUCAGUCGGCUGUUGAUGAAGCUGGACUUUGGGGGUUGGUUUGGCCGGCAAAGGCAGGACUGGGAGUGA